AUGUCAUCAACAAAGGAACUUCUAUUGCUGCUCGCAAUGUUUGUCUCGGGCACGUGGAGCGAACAUUUAAUAGACUACCUCACCACUCAACAGCACUCCAAAGACGACGAAUUUAUGUUGACUUACGAAAACUUGCUGUGGGAUAUUUGGCAAGAACAACCAUUUGAAGGCCUGUUAAUUGUCCAACACAACGACAUAAAAGAAGUUGAACUACUGAAAACACUCUGUGGAUUUCCUCUAACGAAAAUCAUAAUCACCAAGGAUGUCGUAUUCGAAUACAAACAUAAAAUUGGAAAUUCAAAUAUUUUAGCUGUGAUACUCGUCUCGGGUUUGAUGGAUGAGAAAAUAAUGGAGGCAAUGGCCCAAACCCUGAACUAUAUGCGUCAAGUAAGGAUAUUGUGGCUGGUGGAGGGCGUCAGUGACAAAGAAGGGUUUCUGGAUACCAUUUUAAACAAAAGCCGUCUUUACAAAAUGACAAAUGUAAUUUUGAAUUUCAUUGAAUCACAACCCGGACAGUUGUACUUCCUAAAACCCUAUCCGAAUUACCAUUGGAUUACCUCUGAAAACAAAGAGGACGAUUUGUACUAUCACCAACACUGGCGUAACCUGGAAAACACCACCCUUGUAACCUAUGCCGACCAAAUUUCACCUCAUUCCUUUUUGUACGAAGAUAAUAAUGAGAAGAAAAAUAUCAGAAUUAAUGGCCUGGUGGCCAGAAUGGUCUUACUCUUUGCCGAACACUUCAAUGCAAGCCUGCAAAUGUAUCAGCCGCUGCAGGUGGGCAAUCAAAUUCCCCACUUCAGCAUAAUCAACGAUAUGGUUGAUGCCAAUCUCUUGGACAUACCCAUGGCCUUGGACAGUGCCUACGAUGACCGGUGGUUUAAUAUGUCAGAUGUAUAUGAAUUAUCGGCUAUAAUGAUUAUGGUUCCGCUUUCAAAGCAAUUGGAGUUACGUGAAAUAUUUAGUGUUCUCUUGGAUCCAUAUUUCUUUGGCUGUUUGGUGGCCAGUUCAUUGCUAUUAUCCUCGGUGCAUUGCCUCAUAGAUUUCUGUGUUGAUGGUUUUUGGCAAUAUUUGAAUUUGCUGCUAAAUGACAAGGUGCUGCCCGGGGUAUUGGGUCAAUCGUGUGAAAUGCGUUCAAAACAUCAAUGGGCUAGCCAUAGAAUAAUUUAUCUGCUGGUGGGCUUUGUUGGCCUCCACAUAAGUACCCAAUUCUCGGCCAGAAUGAAUAGCCUUUUCACCAGUCCACCAUAUCACCGGCAAAUACGCACCUUUGAGGACCAGCGGGGAUCACCCGUCAAACUGCUCGUCGAUACUGCCGAUGCUUAUAAGCUUAGCUAUUAUUACGAUGAAAAGAAUAUCGAUGCAAUUUUUACAAACACCUCACAUAUGCUCGAAGUGAGGGCCAGCCUUAACACCAGCUACUGCUACUUGGCUCGCUCGUCAUCUUGGAAUGUUAUUAAUCAAGUGCAGAGUCAUUUUGCAAACAAACUCUUUUACACUCCCGAAGAAAUGUACAUCCUGUCGAUGACCAUUUGGGGUUUUAAACUGCAGUUCAAUUCGCCAUUUAGGGAGCCCUUAAAUGAUCUCAUCCAUUGGGUACAUGCUUACGGUUUUCGGCAAGCCUGGUAUCGUAGUGCAUUUUCCGAUUUACUAAAACUCAAGUGGAUUUCUCUACGAAAUCUAAAUCCCAUGGUGGAACUGAAGGUAUUCACGGCACAUGAUUUGUUUUGGAUUUGGAUGUUGCUGGUAAUUGGUUUGUCUUGCGGUGGAGUUGUAUUCAUGCUGGAGCUGUGGUUCGGAAGGAAGCAGAGGAUUUAAAGUAUUUUAUUGAUUAUUGUAAAUUAAUUGCAUUACCUUAGAUUUUGGAAUCUAUUUG